GUUGAUAAUCUUAGUUAACUGUUGUACAUAUUGAACCCCUAAGAACACAACUUGGCAAUAGUGCAUCCACUAAAGCUCCAUAAACCACAGAAAGUGCAAUUUUAAGGUCGUUAUCCAUAAACUCAUUAAUGAGUGUAAGUCCUUCACAGUACAACAAUACUGUGAUGAUUUUUUCCAUUAAGGUCACUGCUUGAGACAGGAGCACUUUGGACUGUCAGCUCAUCAAGGUUAGAGGGACACGCCCUUAACUUUGGAGACGGUGCAGUAGGUGCAUGUGCUUGCUCUCAGCUGGUUCCCGGUCUCUGUGGUGGGAAGAGAACACGAGAGCGAUUCAGGGUGGGAACUUCUAUCAGUGGGCUCUCUCUUCGCCUUAUUCCUAUUUGGCGCAUCCUCCGUCGAGCCCAGCCUGCUGUAUUUACCUCCCUGUGGUACGGAGACUGGGGAAUCCACCUGCGGGAGAGCAGACACACCUCGGGAUGGAUGCGCUGAAAUCCGCCGGCAGAGCGAUUAUCAAGAGCCCGGGAGUUCCGCGGCACACAUGGGGAACUUCAAAGCACGAAAAGCUUCCAGAGAACUGGACGGACACCAAGGAGACUCUGCUGGAGGGGAUGGUGUUCAAUGUGAAGUACCUGGGAAUGACUCUGGUGGGCCAGCCCAAAGGAGAGGACAUGGCCUCGGCUGCCAUUCGUAGAAUUGUUGCCACGGCCAGAGCCAGUGGUAAGAAGUUUCGGAAAGUAACAUUGACAGUCUCACCCAAAGGCAUCAUCAUGGCGGACACGGAGACUACAGACCUCAUAGAAAAUGUCUCCAUAUACAGAAUCUCGUACUGCACAGCAGAUAAAACUCAGGAUAAGGUCUUCGCAUACGUCUCUCAAAGUCAGUUCAACGAGACCCUGGAGUGCCAUGCAUUUCUCUGCCAGAAGAAGAAGAUUGCUCAGGCUGUGACAUUAACUGUAGCCCAGGCCUUUAAAGUUGCCCUCGAUCUUUGGGAGAUUGCUCAGGAAGACAAAAGCAAGAAGGCCAGGACCUGCUGUACUUGUGCAGCAAACAAAGGGCAGACCGAGAAAACAGAGUCUCAGUGUGUCCCAGCAGAUCCAGAGGCACACAAGCCUGUUGGGAUGGAGGAGAAGCUCCGGAGGCCCUUCUUCUCCGCUUCACUCAGCUCGCCCUCGCCUCGUAGUAACCCGACUCGAAGGCGACCAAUCAAACACGACUCUUGGGACGUGGAAGAUGGACUCGAUGAUGCGUUCUCAAGCAACAUGGAAGUAGAGGAGAUGGACACCGACUGGCCGAGUCCUGCUCCCAACACGUCUCUGACAAUGCAGCUCUGAAACCCUGGGAGGUCUACAAAGGAAAUCUGUUGUAUAUCUGCAACAAUGAGUUUGUGUAACACAUGCCGGCAAUAGCUGUCCAACGUUCAGCACCGCAGAAAUUAGACGGAAAUCCCCUCAGGCCCCAAAACCAACAACAAACGCAGCACACAUCACUUGAACAGAGAGCAAAACAUGUCACGCUUCCCGGUGCACAACCUGAAUCAGAGAGGCUCUGUUUGGUUUUCUGUGGCUGCUGCAGAGAAGACAACAUGGAUACCCCGAUAUUAUAAAACUGAUAUUUGGCUGCCAGUCAACACACACUCCACUCAGUGUCAACAGCCAUCUUCAGCCAUAUUCAAUCUCACACAAACUGCCAGAUGAAAGACAGUGCACACGAUGUGCAACACAGCACUGCAAGACGAGAACAAUUCCACAUUUCUACUCCAGAAGAAGAUGAAUACCAAGUAUGGAGUCUACUUCUCUUAAUCCAAAUUUCUUCACGAUUCCACAAUGAAGAUUUUCUCCUCCAUCACGAAGAGAUGUGUGCACAUAAGGCUGUCAUCGCUUUCGGAAAAUGUGAAAGCUAUCUGACCUUGCCGUUUGCUUGACGGAGUAACCGCUGCAAGUUACUGGAAGAAGUCCAGGUCAUCAGCAAAGCUGGUAUAAAUCUUCAGUCAUGAUAUUUGAUGAAUUAUGCAUUCGUUACUCAGUUUGUUGUGCUGAUUUAAGCAGUUCUUCAAAGAAUGAAAAGGCAUGUGAUAUAGUAAAUAGAUGACAAACAUAAAUAUGUCAGAAUCCACCUUGGAAAUGAAAUGUUUCUAACAUUUACAGAAUGUGGUACAGUGUAUACAACCAAUCAAACGCAGUUACCUUUUGUUUUGGACUGCCUACUUUGUGUAUACAAUGACUUUAAAGCACAUCUCUUGGCCUUGUUCAGCAGAUGAAUUUGCUCAGUUAUUAGGAUGCUUUAGUUUGUUAUACUCAAUGACGGUAGUGGUGGGUGGCAUCAAAUAAUAAAAAAUAAUAUCAAACAAAGAAUUCAGUUACUCGUUUUUUUAUCCACUUUUGUGACCAAAAUUCAACAGAAAGGUUGCGUGAUUAAAAAAGUGAACAUUAACCAUGACAACUGAGCAACUUAAUGAGCUGAGGAAGGCCAUGAGAUGUUGAAAAAAGCUUUAGAAGGUCAAGAAUGAACCUUCAAGCGCAGCUUUGCUCUACAGCGUCAGACACUUACCGUCUCAUUAUUUGGGAAUAAAGGUACAAUAUGCAGCAUUUCCCCUAAAAAAAACAAUGUACAGACUCAUAAAAAAAAAAACCCACCUCAAUCAUUAUUUAUGACCCACUAAAACUGUAUGGUGGGGUCUUUAUCUCCCUGUAGCCCUCUGCCUGUGUUUUCUCUUUUGCUCUUGUUUUGCUGUGUUUGGGACGUUUCUUGGCAUCAGCGAAGGCGGGCGUGCCCUAUCUCGCAAUGUUACCGAAAGUGAAAUUAAUUUGUGUACCCGCCCAUUGAUUUUGGGUAGCCAUAAAAUGUUACAAGUUCCUCAUUGGCUUGUGCUACAGCUACUCCCUUCCACCAAGUUUCACUUAAAUCAAGCCGGUAGUUUCUCCGUAAUUGCUGACAAACAAACAAACGGAACCGAAAACAAUUUAGGCAAUUAAUUGAGGCACUGGAUCAUACAUUUCCCAUAAUGCAACUUGAUAGUGUCUUUUAUUAGAGACGCACAUAUUCCAAACUCAAAUCUCCCAUUUUGUAAGACUGGCUUUUAGUUAAAAAUAAGAAAGACGACAUCACUAUGACAUCAUACAGCCGUUUUAGUACUAUUCAUGACGAGUAAACUGAACGUAAUGUAUGAAAUCGAUGGAGUGCCCCUUUAAGAUAGACAAAUGUUAGUUUUUAUCAUCUUGAAUCCUUAAAAAAAACACAACAACCUUAUUAUUGCAAGAAAUGUAGAUGAUUCAAUAAUCAAAAUGAAUAAUCAAUUGAUAACCUUUGUGCUUGCUUGCUUUAUGUUAACAAUGUCAAUAAAUUGUGUUUGUAAAGUAAAGAAAACACAAUCUUUGUAAGCUGCCACUGUACAUAAAGAGAACUGCGAUGAUGAACGGUUACGAGGACAAGUGUAUGGCGAGGCCAAACUACAAGACUAAAGAAACAUAUUUCCAUAUGCUGUAUUUUUUCAAUGUCAAAGUUGUGUAAUUUAUGUAUGCAUAUAGUAUCACUAUAAAUGAAGUAGGAUGAAUAGAUUCAGGCCUUCACACAGGUUGUUUUUAAGACAUAAUUAUCACUCUUGUUGAGAUGUGAAUGUGUAGACGCUUGUAAGUUUUGCACUAGGUUAGACAAUUUGUACAAAUGUAAUUGUAUGUGGUUUUUAUCACUGCAGGAAUUGCUUUAUUUUUUCAAAAUAGCCACCAGUAACCAACGUAUAAUAUACAAUGAUUAAGUCAAAGUCCUAUUCAAGUCAGUAAACACCUGUCACAUUGAUCAACACGGUUCAUAUGUUCCUCUCUGUACUUCAAUUCGUGCCGUAAAACACACCCUUUCUCCCAGAUCUCAUUAUUAUCAUCAUUGCUCUCCUUAGACGCAGAUGCAAAUUAUUUUUAUCCACCACUCAGAUGACGUUAACCCGUCAAGAGGAUAUUAUAUUUUGCCCCGGUCUGGCUGAAGUGGUCCGUCUCUCUGUAUUCAGGGCAUCAUGACUGAGGCGGGAGGUAGCGGGAGGGCUCGGUGUUGUUGUCAUGACACCCGCUGCAGAAUAAUUGGAUGGCUCAUCAGGUUACGCCAUGAAGCUUUAAUUGCAUUGUUUAGUUCCCGACUGGCUGAAAUACAGACUUUACAUCAGAAGAAAGCUCUUCACUGUAUCAUAAAUAGCCUCCAGCAUGUCUGUGGAGGAUCUAUUGAGCCAUGUUUGCAAAAAAAAAAUGCAACGUCGUUAUUUUUGCCUCACCUCUCCGUCGAACGUCUUUCCUCACGAGUAGAAGUGAUUUUCUCACAUUUUCAGGUCCGUCAUUGAUUUGACUGAUUGAUGUGCGGAUGUUUCAGUGCUUAUUGAGUUAUAUUCCGGAUGUGGGCUGUUGUCCAGCGGCUCUCGGACGGAGAACAAUGGUAGUAAAAGAAAAAAAGAUGCAUUAUUAUCCAAUGCAGAGACGUUUUAAUUAAUAUUACACUUGGACAUCUUCACCCAGUCUUUGUGCUUUUUGAUUGAUUUUCAAGCAAAUCAAAUAAAAAGCAGUGUAACAUGAUUUUAUUUAAUCUCCCCAUGGUUAUUAUUUAGAAUUGAUUAAUCCCUAUGAAUUGUAUAAGGGCACAAUUAGAUCUGCUGGACUGUUUAGGUUAUAUUCGGUACCCUAUACAGCUCACUUAUUCCCUGCAAAUCUUGAAUGGAUGCGGUUCUUUGGCACAGCCGAGAAUUUUCCACCCAGGAGGGGGGAGGGAGGAGGUGUAACGUGCCAAUCUGAGGCUAAAGUGCACAGAAUACAAAUCCGCCUGCGAAGCUUUGAGGCCAGAAAACAUUUGACGCUUUCAGAAUAUUUUGAAUAAGCCAUCAUUGUCCAAAUUAUCCACUGAUGUUUACAGUAUCGGUUUACUUUUUAAAGAGGGUGCUUAUUUUCUAUCUAUGCAAUUAGUGGGUUUCCAACAGUGUUGUGAUAUUAUGAUAAUAGCAAUGUGUGUAAAAACCACAAGCAGUUGUCCUAAACUGUGUAAAAAAAAAAAAGUGUACAGAAUUUGGAAACUGUUAUGGUUUGUUACAUAUUUAUGCAUAAUAAAA